AUGAUAGCUAAUUUAUGUUUCAACGUAUUAAAUGGUCAUGAUUAUUGGUUACCUCUUACUCUUAAUACAUCGGACCCACUUCUCAAAUGGCAAGAUCCAUCGCCAUUAUUGAAUCUGAGGUAUAUUGGUUUAAGCAAUUAUAAUUAUAAAAUCAAUUUUUAUAAUAUUCGAACAUUAGCCAUCACCAAUUUGGCGCCACCUCUGGCAUCUACUGCAUCGGCUGGUGAUAAACGAGAUCUUGUCUGUAAAACAUCUAUUUAUGCUCAUCGUGUUUCUGAUAUGAUUGAAGAACCUAAUAGAAUGAUGCUUCCUAUCGAAGGCUAUGCACAACAACCACUUGUUUCAUUAGAAAAAGCGAUUGCUCCGUUGAUUUUCAUUGUUCCAGAUAUAGAACGAAAAACAUGGCUUGCUAUAGAAAACUCAAAGACCCCAGCAGAUGGAUUGACAUCAGGUGAAUCAGCUUCUAUUAUACUAUAUUCAAUGGAAUGGAGUAAAAAGGAAGAAAGUCUUUACUAUAUUCUUAAUUCUACGCUUCGUAAAGAAAAGCGGGACUUAUUACAACCAUGGUUUCUCUAUCUAAAACUGGUGUUAACAGGUCUCGGCAAACUACCGUCGAUCAUAGGUCGUACUGUUUAUCGUGGAGUUAAAGGUGAUUUCAGUAAGAAUUAUCAGCAAGGCAAUAAAAUCGUAUGGUGGGGUUUUUCAUCAUGCACUUCGACAAUUAAUGUACUAGAACAAGAAGAAAUUUUGGGCAAAACCGGUGUUCGUACUUUAUUCGCUAUUGAAUCUAAAAGUGCGAAAGAUAUUCGACAUCAUUCAAUUUAUCCUGAUGAAAAUGAAAUUUUAUUCUUACCAGCUACUCAGUUUGAAGUUAUUGGUCAAUAUCAACCAUCAAAGAAUGUUUUUAUAAUUCAGUUACAAGAGACUGAACCAUUAUACCCUCUUCGACAUCCGGUUUAA